AUGGCCGAUGAAGAUGUUGCUGCUUUGGUUGUGGACAAUGGUUCCGGUAUGUGUAAAGCUGGAUUUGCAGGAGACGAUGCUCCCCGAGCUGUGUUUCCAUCGAUCGUAGGUCGUCCUCGUCACCAAGGCGUCAUGGUUGGUAUGGGCCAGAAAGAUUCGUACGUCGGCGAUGAAGCCCAAAGCAAACGUGGUAUCCUGACACUGAAAUAUCCCAUCGAACACGGAAUCGUUACUAACUGGGACGAUAUGGAGAAGGUAAUUGUGAUCUUAAGUAAAUAUUGUGUGGUCUGGUGGUUGAAUCUUACACGCCAAAAUGUCAUUUCCUUGCAGAUCUGGCAUCACACCUUCUACAACGAACUCCGAGUUGCUCCCGAAGAACACCCAGUUCUACUGACAGAAGCUCCCUUGAACCCCAAAGCAAACAGAGAAAAGAUGACUCAGGUAUUUUUCUUUUCGUUAAAAACAAUAUUGUUUUCGCCAUAAGUAACUAACCGCCCCACCCCCAAAUUUCAGUUAUUCACGAGAAGACACCGCCCAUUAGCAGCACGAAUGGUGCAUUUAUUGAUUAACUUAAGGACUCAACUUGGCGAGAAAUUUUAAAUGUGCAGUUAAAAUUAUUUAUUGUGAUUUAGCUUCAUACAUAUUCAUGAUUUAUUACGCUUUGUUGACGUGCGGAUCUUGAUUUUGUAACUUAGCUUACUUACAUGUUGCCCUUAAGUCAACGCGGAAAUUUCGAUUUCCUGUAUAAAACUUGGUUGGAAUUUCUUGAAAAUUUAUUGGCUAGAUUUGAUUUAUCGUACUUCGAAUUGCGAAAUUUGCCGUCAACCGUUCAAGUUAAAGUGCGAGUCUAGUGUGUUCGAAGGAUGCCGGUUUCUCCUAAUAUGGUAUUGGUUUUUUGGCAUAAGCUCAACUUGUUUGUUUUUCUAGGGAUUAAAAUCUGCCCAAAAUUCUUUUUAUAUUCUGUUUAAGUUAUGCAGUCACGUAGGCCAAGAUUUUAGCGGAAAAAGCUUAAUUUUAAUUUCUACUAGGUCAUUUGAGUUUUUAUUUAUGUUCUUUUUUCUUUGUUAAUCAUUCUAGAUCAUGUUUGAGACAUUUAACACUCCAGCCAUGUACGUUGCCAUCCAGGCUGUACUGUCUCUGUAUGCUUCUGGUCGUACGACUGGUAUUGUCAUGGACAGUGGUGAUGGUGUUACACACACAGUGCCUAUCUAUGAGGGUUAUGCCCUGCCCCACGCCAUCCUGCGUCUUGACUUGGCUGGUAGAGAUCUAACUGACUACCUCAUGAAGAUCCUCACCGAGAGAGGCUACUCUUUCACCACCACAGCAGAGCGUGAGAUUGUUCGUGACAUCAAGGAGAAGCUGUGCUAUGUUGCCCUUGACUUCGAACAGGAAAUGGGCACUGCUGCAUCGAGUUCCAGCCUUGAAAAGAGCUAUGAGCUACCUGAUGGCCAGGUCAUCACCAUUGGAAAUGAGCGAUUCCGAUGCCCUGAGGCCAUGUUCCAGCCUGCGUUCCUUGGUAUGGAAGCUGCUGGUAUCCAUGAGACCACCUACAACUCCAUCAUGAAGUGCGAUGUGGACAUCCGUAAGGAUCUGUAUGCCAACACUGUCCUCUCUGGUGGCUCAACCAUGUAUCCAGGUAUUGCAGACAGGAUGCAGAAGGAAAUUGCUGCUCUGGCACCACCUACCAUGAAGAUCAAGAUCAUUGCUCCACCAGAGCGCAAGUACUCUGUAUGGAUCGGAGGUUCCAUUCUGGCUUCACUGUCCACCUUCCAGCAGAUGUGGAUCUCCAAGCAGGAAUAUGAUGAAUCUGGUCCUGCCAUUGUACAUCGCAAGUGCUUCUAA